AUGUCUGCUGCUACUCUCAAUACUAGUACUGCCACCCUAAAUGACGGAAACAAGAUUCCAUAUGUUGGAUUCGGCACAUGGCAAGUCAAUGAUGAAACUGAUGGUUAUGACGCUCUUAUUUAUGCUUUGAAGCAUGGUUAUAGACACAUUGACACUGCUUUUGCCUACAAGAAUGAAGCAGUUGUUGGUAAGGCUGUCAGAGAUAGUGGAAUUCCUAGAGAGGAAAUCUUUGUAGUUUCCAAACUAUGGGGUAAGGACCACAGAGAUCCUGCUGCUGCUCUUGAUAAGAGUUUGAAGCUCUUGGGCUUGGAUUAUGUCGACCUUUACUUGAUGCACUGGCCGGUUCCAUUUAAGAAUAUCGAGGACAAGGACGAAAUUGAUGAAGACUGGAAUCAUGUCAAGACCUGGGAGUUGAUGCAGAAGUUGCCCAAAUCUAAAGUCAAGUCUAUUGGUGUUUCUAAUUAUGACACUGCUCUUCUCGAGGAAUUGAGCAAGGCUCCUACUACUACUGUUGUUCCAGUUAUUAACCAAGUCGAGCUCCACCCUUAUCUUGCUCAAGACAAACUUAGAGAUUACUGCAAUGAACACAAGAUUGUCCUCGAGGCUUACUGUCCUCUUGGCAAGGGUACUAAACUUUUGGAAGAGCCAAUUGUUGUUGAAUUAGCCGAAAAAUACAAAGUAAGCCCUGGUCAGAUUGCUCUCUCUUGGGGAAUUGCUCGUGGCUAUGUAGUUAUCCCCAAGAGUUCUACCCCUUCGAGAAUUGAGGCCAACCUCCACACAGUCAAGCUCUCUAAGGAAGAUGAGGAGAAGCUUACUUCGCUUUCAAAGACCAAUCCCCAACGUAGAGUUCGUCCUGGAUGGAAGACCAAGAUCCUCUUCAAUGAUGACGACUUUUAA